CCUACAUAGAUGGUGCCAGUGCAGCCAUCCAACAUCAACAUCGAAGGAUCGAUCCAUCGAUCAAACAUUCCUAACCUCACAUUAUCAAGUUGUGCAUGUUUUCAUUGUUUUCAUUAGUUUUUAAAUUUUAAAUAAAUAAAAUGGAAUUAUUUGUUGUAAAUAGACAUAUCGAUAAGGAACCUGAUCACGAAAACCAAGACCAAGAAAAAGCGAAAUUGGAUCAAACCCUAAAGAAAAUCGAAAGAAAUAAGAAACUGCGAAACAAACAAAAGGAAAAGGAACAGAAAAUCAAAGACGCCAUCCAGAAAACCACCAAGUCGAGGCAAAUUAAACGAGAAAUUAAAAAAAGGGAGGCCCAACUUGUGUCUGCUACUGAAAAAGUGGAUAAAGAGUUUCUGGAUGAAGAAGAUAGUAAAAUUAAAAUCGAAGAAACAACAGCAACAACUGAAGCAAAAAUCAAAAAAUCCAAAAAACGACCAGCCAAUCCUAAUGAUAUUGAAGGCUUCACUAUAUUGGGUGUUGAUAAUUUCAACAAAAAAAAUAAGGUCAAAAGAGUUUUACCUAGAUGGCUCACAAAUCCAACAAUUAUUUCUGUAAACUUACAAAAACUUGAAAACAAAGUCUCAGACAUAAAAGCCUUAGAUCAACAAUUACGUCAACUAUUAAUAGCCAACGGAGUAACCAGUUUUUUCCCUGUCCAAGCUGAAGUAAUCCCUUGGCUUUUAGAAAGCAACAAGCACUCUGAUAUAAUAUUUCCCAGGGAUAUUUGUGUUUCAGCUCCCACAGGUAGCGGUAAAACUUUAGCCUUUGUAUUACCCGUAAUACAAAUGCUCAAAAAAUAUACAGUCAAAAAAAUUCGUUGCCUAGUUAUAUUGCCCACUCAAGACUUGGCAAGGCAAGUUUUUGGGGCUUUCAAAACUUAUUCAGAAGGCACUAGCAUCGAUAUUUGCCUUAUCACUGGACAAAACAGUUUCGAGGUUGAACAAAAACAAAUUGUAACUAAAAAUGAGGCAUUUGGAUUUUUGACAAAAAUCGACAUUUUGAUUUGCACGGCUGGUCGUUUGGUGGACCACUUGAAGUUAACUGAAGGGUUUGAUUUGCAAUUUUUGGAAUUUCUUAUUAUAGACGAAGCUGAUCGUGUGCUGGAAAGUGUCCAGAACGAUUGGCUGUACCAUUUAGAAAAGCAUAUCUAUCCUGAAGGUCCAUCAAGAAUCCUAAACCAAUUCACUUUACAAAAACAACGUCCACCGCAAAAACUACUAUUUUCAGCCACUCUGUCGCAAGACCCUGAAAAACUACAACAAUUGUCCCUAUUCCAACCCAAACUUUUCACCUCAAUCGUGGAAUCUUCCGAAGACAAUCAACCGCAAGAUUUCAAUACGGACACUUUUAUAGGCAAAUAUACAACGCCUAAAGAACUAAUAGAAAAAUAUAUUGAAACUUCGGUGGAUUUGAAGCCUCUAAUGUUGUACAAAUUUGUCAAACUUGAAAAACUAAAGAAAACGUUGAUUUUCACUCAUUCUGUUGAAAGUGCCCAUAGACUUGCUAUACUUUUAAAAUCUUUAUUUAAAAAUGAAUUGUCGAUACAAGAAAUAUCAUCGCAUCUUCAACAAAAAAGCAGAACAGAAUUAAUUAGGAAAUUUUCUGAAGGAAAUAUUGAUUUGUUAAUCUCCACUGAUGCUUUAGCUAGAGGCAUAGACUUGCCAAAUGUCCAAUGUGUAAUUUCCUAUUCAGCCCCUAAAUUCCUAAAAUCGUACAUCCACAGAGCUGGUAGAACUGCUAGGGCUGGUGAACAAGGCUUGGCUGUUACAUUUUUACACAGUUCCCAAGUGCCCAAAUUUAAAGGCCUACUAAAACAGGCUGAAAAGAAUAAUGUUGAAGAGAUAAAAAUUUCAGAAGAAGAUUUGGAGCCGUUAGGAAAACAAUACAAGGAGUCUUUGGCGCAGUUGAGGGAAAUAGUUGAACAGGAGGAUAAGGUUGAUUUGAAGAAAAUUAAGUCUGCUAAAAGGUUUAAGCCUAAAUUUAAGAAAACUACUAGUUAAUUAUCUUUGUUGUUUUAUUUAAUAAAGUUGUAUUAUCACACUGGCUUGCGAUCCCUGGAGUAUAAAUAGAUCAAGUAAUAAUAGUAACAGCAUGUGGAAAAUUUCAAAUAUCUUGAAUUGAGUGUGAUUAGAUCAAAGGGUAUAUUUAUUUUUUCAUUCUUUUGGAAAAGUAGGUGAGUAUGACUAUCAGAAUAUGCCUUUCCAGGGCUGUAAUAUUAUUGACCUACAAGAAAAAGCAUUUAAUUAUUUAAAGGUCGCUUUACAGUAAGCUAUUUUUUUUUGCUGCAAGUUUAUUGCUGCUAUAAAUAAUUUGUAUAGAGGCUAAAAAAUAAAAAAAUCAAUUUUCAAACAGUUAGAAUUUAAUAGAUUUUACUUGAAACAGUUACUCUGGCUCCCACGUGCAAGAUUUAUUAGGAGCAAAAAUCCUUGGAGGUGAAUAAUUUAUUUAAGGCAUAUUUAUUUUAUUCAGGUUGUCCACAAUCUAGUUUUCUAUGGAAAAAUAAAUCACAAUAUCUAUCAUUUUGAUUAUCAUUACAUAUAAAUAAUGCAACACAAAAAUUGUAUAAUACCUGUUCAAUAACAUAAUGGAAUUAUUAUUGAAACACUAUACAAAUUUCUUACAUAUACAUUUAUUUCGUAAAUAUUAUUUGGCAUAGUACAAAUUCUAAACAACAAUUUAAUUUGAAAUACACCUAAAGCUAUCUUAUGCAAAUUUGCGUUGUUUAUGAUUAUGGCAACAUACUUUUUUUUAUCAUAGAACAAAACUGAUACAGUUAAUUUGAAUAAAUGUAGUCUGAUUUAGAACAGACAAAGAACCUGGAUACAUAAACAUUGAUAUUAUAUUGACAAAAUCAAAACUAAAACAAGCCUGGCGAUUUAUACAAUAAAUUUUAAUUCAAACAUUAGACCCUAAGCUCUAAUAUUGACAUUAUUAAACUAAUUCUACUUGUUGUGUACGAUACGUUUAAUUUUAUUUGCAGGAUAUAAAGCCAGUAGUAUAGUGUUUACGCUAUUUAUUAAUGUAGGUAGGAUUUUUGACAUAAAAGUACUAAUUAUGUUUAAUUAAUAAUAAUUGAAUUGAAAUUUUGCAUAUAUGUGUGAAUUGAUAAAUUUCAUGUUGAAACGAAAUACUUUCAACACGCUUCAAUAAAUUGAUACAUCAUUGGAAAAAUUACAUUAUAAAACUGGAUUCAAGAGAGAAUGAUUAUUAAAUGUAUGCAGUUUAUUUAAUAAAAUUAUGUUACAUAUUUUUCUACUUUAUACAUGGUGUGUGUAAUAACAUAUUAAACAAGAGAAGAGUUGAGGACUUAUUUUGGGCUCUCAAUUCAACUUUAAAUCUCAUUAUUUAUCAAGUAAAAUAAUGCUCAUCAACAAUAGAGAACAACGCUGAACUGAAAAAGAAAGGGUUGAUAAUAUCGACGAUCUGUUGAAAUUUGCAAGGCAGGUUGAUACGGGCAAAGUGUACUUGAAUCAAGUAGGAGCCUUGGACCGUGUCGACAGGGCUUUUAGUAGGCUGACUGCCAACUUACUUGGUUCAAGUUGUCAUAAGAAAACUUGAACCAAGUAAGUUGACAGCCAACGUACUUACUUAGAUAUUAGACCCAGCUUAAAUGAUACGAUCCAAAUAUCGUCCAAGGCGCAAGCAGCGUCCAAGUGUACUUGAUAUAAUUACACUUUGAUUGUGUCAAUCGAUCUGGCUUAGUAGGCUGGCUGCCAACUCACUUGGACCCAGUUGUCAUCCAAGAACACUUGGACCGUGUCAACCGGGCUUUAGUUUAAAAUUGGUUGGAGACUGUAUAUGUUUACAAGGUUUAAUUUAUGGUCCUCUUCAUCUAUUGUUGAUAACAAGAAAUAAUUAAUGUUUAACCAACACUGAAAGAAGAAUUAAAUGUUGGGUCAGUGUUUGAAAUGGCCAAUUUAUUUAAAAAAAGAAGCCUCAAGGCUAAUUGAAGUAGGACGUCAAGUAUGAUACCUACAACAAAUUUGCUUGGUAGAACAUAGAGCAAGAUUUCGGAAAGCAAUAUAGGUAUGUAUAUUUUGAAAAAGAUAUAGGUAGAGCAAAUUCUGAGCAACUGGAUGUGACCUACAUCCACUAGAAGGACAUCAACAUGGGAUUCGUAAUGGAAAAUCUUGGGAAGAAUGUAAAAUCUUGAAUAUUGAAAAAUGCAAAAACACAUAAUUCAGGCCAUGAAUGAAGGAGAAAAUCAUAAAAAUCUCGGUUUUCAAAAAAAUGGAAUGCUUCAAGAAUCAAGAAUGACAAGGGGACCAAGAGGUGAAGAGGAUCAUAAUCUGCAACCAAUGACAGUUCUUUCAAGUCCUAGCUUAAUGCAGAAAAUCUCAUCACAGUAAUAAACCUGUUCUGGCCUAAAGUGGACUGAUCCUGAAGUACUACUCACAAAUUGAUGAUCAAUACGUAAAUAUCACCCAAAAGCGCCAACUCUUGAGAAUGACUCUGCCAAGAAGAAUACGAAGUGGACGAUGCCUAAUUGACCUGAUCAAUUGGCAUUUUCAGCAUUUGAAGAAAUUGGGAAAGUUUUUCUUACAUUAAGCCAUAUCACACUUAGGAAAAACUUAUUGAAGUUGUUUAUUCAAUUGAAUCGAAUCGCCAAGCACUAAUACUUGAUAUCAUAGUUGCAUUUUCAUUGUCACCUGCUUUGAAGAGGAAAGAUGACUUCUGCUGUUCCAGGAUUCUUGGAAUCUUAUUUUUUUUGAAGAAAUUUGCUAAGCGAAGUUAGAAGUUAGAAGUGCGUCUUUCAACAUCCCCCUGAAUACAAAAAUUAUCGGUUCUUGAUUCACCAUGGAUCAUUGUUGGAGGAAAUGAAGAGCUAGGAGGUUUUCCAGAUUUUGAUUUGUUUGAUUAUUGAUGGUAUAUCGUCAACAUAAUUGGAUGACUUCAAUGUCAAAAUAGGAAAGGGUAUGAAUUUAAGGAGUUAGUUGGAUCGUAUGGAAGGAGGAGAGCAUAAAAGUGACAAAUACAUGGUAUCAACUUCACCCUCGCCGACUCUAUACCUGGAAGUCCCUAGACAGGGGCUACAUGAUGUGCAGUCGUUGAUACACACCGCAAGGAAUAGAGAAGCAAUGGAAAAUGUUUUCGCAAAUAUCCAUUAGUGGAUACGCAUUGGAAGAAGAAGAAGAUUAUUUUUCCAGAGCAAAGGCAAUUGAAAUUUGAACUAUUGCCAGCUAUUCGCUCAGCGAUUUUUGUAGAUGCAAUCAAGACCCGGCAAAAGUCCAAUAAUUGUGAUUAUUACCGGCUCUUGGCUGUCAUUCCAGAGCAAGUUUUUUCAAAAUUUGAACUAUUACUGUCACUCGAUUGGCUGGAAAACUGUUGGGUUGGGACUAUUAUUAUCAGUUCUCUAUUCACUGAAAAAUUGCUCUAGGAGCAAUCAAGAACCCAUAAUAAUCCAAAUUACCUACUCUUGAUUUAAUAAUAUCAAUUCAGGAGUGAUCUUAGAAAAAGGGAAGCUACUGCAGUCAAGGAUGUAGAAGAAAAACGAUCUGAAAUUUGCUAAGUUCAAUACUGUACAUGUUUUACGACUGCCAUUUAUGGACCUCUUCAUCUGUUGUUGAUGAUAAGAAGUAAUAAUUUUUAAUCAAGAAUGAAUAGGACGAAUUAAUUAUUGAGGCAGGGUUAGAUAAGGGUAACUUUAUUUUUAAAUCAAAAUAGAAACUGAAAAAAGAAAUCUAAUUAGAGUAGGACUUCAGGUAUGGUACAUAAAGUUUGCUCGUCAGAAUAUAGGGCAUGAUUUUAGGAAGCUAUACUUUGAAAAUAGGAAUUUCCAAUGUGGAGAUUGUAUUCAUGGGAACGGUCCCAGCAAACUUUCUUUCAUUUUCUGUAUGUCAGGAUCUAUGGAGCAAAUUCUGAGUAACUUGAAAUGACAUCAACAUGAAAAAUGGAAAACUUUAAACAUUAAAAUAUUCAAAAUCAUAAAUGACAAUGUUCUCCUCUCAACUGGAGACAUUAUUCAUGACAUGAAUGAAGGAGAAACCUAUAAAUAUCUUGAUUUCUAACAAGAUGGAGUGCUUCAAGAUUAAAAAGGGGGCCAAAAUAUGAAGGAUCAGAAUCUGCAACUAAUGAGAGUCCGAGCCGAAUGAAGAAAAUAUCAUCAAAGCAAUGUUCGGACCCAGAGUUUUUGAGUUUUUAAGUGGACCAAUCUACUCACGCGGCUGCCGGAAUAAGCAGUCACCACUUGCUCCGCGUGUAAGAGCUGGCAAGUGAAGGGCACCCUCUUGCCCUGGGAUCAAGAAAUUGACCCCGCAGGCGGAUGAACCAACAAAAUGGUAAACGGCAUAAGGAUACAGAAGGCAAUGGGAAAGAACUGUAUUAAAGAUCUUCAAGAUUCCCCAAGAAAAUCACCAUGAUAUGGAAAUCGGAAACCAAGAUGCGGAGAGGAGAAACACACUCACAACACGAGGCUUCUCAGGUCGUAAGCCUACGAAAACCUCGUGAGAGAAAUCGACGGAUAAGAAUAAGAUCCGAUCUGAGAAUAGGAACAUGGGAUGUUCAAACACUUUACUAUGCGGGAAGAUUGAACAACUUACUGUUGGAAAUGCAAAGAAUAUACAUAGAAAUACUAGGGGUGUGUGAAACAAGAUUUCGACUCAGGAGAUUAUACAAUUUACACAUCCGGAACGAGAGAUGCAUCUCAUAGAAACGGAGUGGCUAUAGUAGGUACUAAAUAAAUCCUUCAGCAAAUCAGUACGAAACAUUUACCCUUAUCAGACCGAGUAGUGCUAUAUUACAGCUGGCGAUGAGACCUGUAAAUGUGAACAUUAUUCAGGUCUAUGCCCCUACUACUGACCAUGAUGAUGACGAAGUCGAAGAGUUCUAUCAACAAAUUAAAGAACUAAUAAAGGCGACAAAAAAACACGAAAUCAUUAUUAUCAUGGGAGAUUUGAAUGCAAAAGUGGGCAGAGAAACAACAGAAGAUGUCACACCGCACAGUACGACCUAGGAAUACGUAACAACAGGGGAACACGAGUUGUACAGUUUUGUCCAGAAGAAGAAUUCGUGAUGACAAAUACGUGGUACAAUCUUCCAUACAGGAGACUUUACACAUGGACGUCCCCCCAACACACAUUGUAAGAAAUCAGAUCGACUUCAUCCUGAUCAACCGGCGAUUCCGGAAUUGCAAUAAGUCAACGAAAACCUAUCCUGGAGCUGACGUGUACUCUAAUCAUAACUUGCUCUGCUCAGUACCUACCAGGCGUAAAAUUUUAAAAAAAGAAACAACCAUCGAAGACUUCAAAAAUACAAGAACAUAUAGGUACCAAAGGACCCCGAAACCAUCAAAGAACUAAUCAAGAAAAUAAAUGGUAAUAUACAUACAACAGUAUCGCUUCUCCUUGAUAACAAUAUAGUGUCGAAAAAAAUUGGCGCGAUCUCAAAACUUCUUUGAGAAAUGGAAGAGUUCAGCAGCUGGUAAACCCAAAGGGGAAAAAAGGCAAAAAAGAAUGGAUGACGCAGGACAUAUUGAACCUUAUGGAGGAGAGACGAAACCACAAAAACAACAAUCAUAGUGAGUGCAUCAAGAGAAUACAUCGGAUAAUACGCAAAAAAAUUAGGGAAGUGAAGGAAGUAUUGCUCCGGGAAUCCUGCAAAGAGCAUGGAAAGUCAUGAAAAUUUACUUGGCAGACCUGCAAUACAGGACUUGGACUUGUUUAAACUGAUUAUUAGCAUCAAUGCCCAGAAAACUGUGAGUACUGAAAAACUAUGUUUGAGAAAAAUUACAAAAUAUUUCCCAGAACGUUUCAACAGAAUUCGGAAAUUAAAAGACUAUGAAUACAAGAUAGAAAUGACAGAAAACUGUGUACCAUACUAUACUCAAUUUCAGCACCCAAAAGAGUAGCACUUCCAUUAUUGGAUAAAGUUAAAAGAGAGCUGCAGAAAAUGGUGAAUCAAGAAAUAAUUGAGCAGGUGGAUUACAAUAAUCCUACUCCAUGGUGUGCACUAAGAGUCUGUGUCCCCAAAACAAAUGCUCAAGUUAGAAUAUGUGCUGACUUCACUGAACUCAAUAAUAAAUUUGUUUUAAGAGAAAAACUUUUUUUAUCAAUACUGGCACAAAUAAGAAAUACAAAAGUAUUUUCAAAAUUAGAUUAUGUAUCAAGUUUUUGGCAUCUUCCGUUAUCAGAAGGUUCGAAGCACUACACUGUCUUUUUAACACCUUUUCGAAGGUACCUACAUUGACAAAAGAAUUCCUUUUGGAAUUACUUUAGCUCCCGAAAUUUUUCAGAGUACAAUGAAUAGACUUUUCAAUAACCAUGAAGGGGUAUUAGUACACAUUGAUGACAUCACAGUUUUUGGAGAAAAUGAGUGCUUAAAGUGUUACGAGACAAUGGACUUACCUUAAACGAGUCAAAAUGUCAGAUAGGCAUUUUAGAAGUGGAAUUACUUGGACACAUUAUCGGACAAUGGGGUAUAAGAAUGGACAGUGACAAUAUAAAGGCUAUAUUAAGACUUUGAAGGACCCAAAACAGUGACAAAUGUGAGGCAGUUUGUUGGUAUGAUAAAUCAUCUUACAAAAUCUCUUAAAAAUAUUGCAGAUGAAACAAAAUCUAUACGCGAACUUUUAAAACGUAACAAUACUUUUCAGUUUAAUGAUAUCCAUCAACAGUGUUUUAAUAAAUUGAAAAUACUUGUCACAAGUGCAUCAGUUUUGAAGGCUUAUGAUGUUACUUAAGAAACAAGAACUCUCGCAGACUCGAGUUCGUUCGGAAUUGGUGGCUUUUUAGAACAAUUUCAACCAGGUGGAAGAUGGGCUCCUGUUAUUUAUUGUUCAAAAAGUUUAAGUGAAACAUAACAACGCUAUGCCGAAAUUGAAAAGGAAGCAUAUUAUGCUAUUGUAUGGGUAUGUGAAAGACUGGAAGAGUACCUAAUAGGUGAAUCAUUUACUAAACAAACUGAUCAUCUACCACUUUUGAGUAUCCUAAAGAGGAAAUCUAUAAAUGAUUUGACUGUAAGAUUGCAACGAUUUAGACUUAGAAUAACUAGAUUUACAUUUGAGAUUGAACAUGAGUCAGAUAGAUAAUGUAAAAGAUGUAUUGGAAGAAGUUAAAUGCUAUGUAAAUAUUAUAAGGAAAGAAACUGAAGUUAACACAUCAAAUGGUUUGAAGAGCCAAAAUCAGGUAACAGAUCCUAUGAAACUUCGGAAAUUUCCAGAUUUACCAUUUCAGCAUGUAUCCGCAGAUUUAUUCCACAAACAGAAAUCAAGUAUACCUUGUCAUACAGGAUGCGUGUACUCAAAAUAUACAGAAGUUAUUAUACUAAAGAAAACUAAAAGUGAAGAUAUUAUUGAAAAAUUGAGAGAAAUCUUUGGACGUUAUGGAAUUCCAGAGAUAUUAUACUCAAACGGUGGACUACAAUUUGAUAGUUACAGUUUCAGGAAGUUUGCAAAAACUUACAACUUCAACCACAUAAAAAGUAGCCCCAGGUUUCCACAAAGUAAUGGUUUAGCAUAGAGAGCUGUACAGUUAGUGAAAAAACUGUUAGAAAAGUGUGAAGAUCCUUAUUUGGGAAUAUUAGCAAUAUACCACUUUCAUGUGGAAACUCUCCUUCAGAACUACUAUAUUUGGACGAAAACUUAGAGAAAUUUUACUUACCACAAAGAAAAACCUAAAACCAAAACUGGUUGACCAUGAAAAAGUUAGGAAGAAGCAGAGAGAGGAACAAGAAGAAGCAAAGAAAAAUUAUGACUGUAGACAUAAGUCAAAAAUUUUACCAAAAUUGAAUGACAAUGACCGAGUUUACAUAAAAGAUUUAAAAUGUAAUGGAAACAUUGUAAGACAAUGUCGAGAACCAAAUUCAUUUAUGGUCCAGACUGAAGAUGAUGUUCUAAGGAGAAAAAGAAAAUUUCUGGUGAAACUACUGAAAUCAAUAGGAAAAGGAUUUAAACAUUAAGAAGAGAGAGAAAAGCGAAAAUACUACAGAGAUACAAGGAUCUGUAGAACCUGAAGGAAGACAAAAACGAGAAAAACGAAGACCAAUUUUGUUAUGUAAAAUUUGUUUUCUUUAAAUCAAACAGAAAAGUGAAAAAGUCAAGCAUAAAGACUUCUUGGAAAUUGUGAUCUGGCUAUUAUGAUCAACAGCUGAUUAUUCUUCUUCAACCAACAAACCUGGAAAUAAAUAGAAGACUUCAGCUGAAGAAGUUAACUGAAACAAUAAUUUCUAUGAAGGCCUUUGACCUAUGUUUAUAUUCGCCAAACCAAAAUCUUGUUUACUGCUUUGUCUAUUUAUUUGAUUCAGGAAAUUCCCACAACUCUUUUCAGUGGAUGGUACUAGGUAUACUAGCUGUAAAUAAAAAAUAUGUAUUAUCAGGUUUUUCCAAUAUGUAUAACAAAUUCGUAAUUAAAUAUCACUCUUUAUUCAAUAAAAUCAAAUUUUAAUUGUUUACUAGUAAUUCUGAAACCUUUAUCAGUCGAGGUUAAAGAAAUUUAAAAUAAAGUAGAAUAUUGCUAAAGCAAAAAAUUUGUAACAUUGAUAAAAAUGUGAAGCGGUUUUGCAUUUUAUCUGUGUGCUAAUCAGCUAAUGGAAAAAUAUGAGGGUUAUGCAAAAAUGUGUGUUUUUAGCACAAGUACAAAAGAUAUUUGAUGAUUAAAUUAUCACAAAUGAUACUCAUAUGCAAAAUUUCAAAUGAAUUACUUACCUACUUUGGGAGAAAAACCCAAUCAUGAACGGGACUAAUAAAUAUUGAAAUUACGCAUACAGUUAAAUAUAUUGAAUGUUUUCAGCUUAUAGCGGUUUUAGAUUAGAAUAAUUAUAAUACAUUCUUAAGUUUAACAGUACAAUAACGUUAAAUUACUAUUUUUUUCUAUCUAUAGAUCACACAUAUUAAUUAUUAGGUAUUUUACUAAAUAUUUAAGUAGGUACAAAAAAAAUGAGAUUCUAGUAUCUUAACAGCUCUUCUUUUGGAACCUACUACAACUUAACUUUUUCCUGUGAUGUAUAAAAUAAAUUUAAAACACCCUGUGUAGCCAAAAAAAAAAAAAACAACUUAAUAAAUAUUCAAUGAAGCCGCAAUAGAAUUCAAAUCAAUGAAUGAAACAAAAAAAAUCUAAAUCAAAAAUAUAUACAAGUUUUUUCAAUUUGGUGCAAUUCAAAAAGAUACACUUUUUUUUCUGGGAAUGUAUUUUUCAAAUAAAGAAAAAUUUGCUUACGAAAAACCAACAAGUACCACAGCCACGAAAAUCACCGACGAUAGUCCAGCAUUAACUUUCGAAACUCCACUCUUGUUUUCAGGUUUCGUGGUAUUUUUACUGGUUUCAUUGGCAAUUUUCUUCUCUACCUUGCCAUGUACCAGCGGAGGUUUGGUGGUAGCUUCCGCAGCUUCAGGUACUCUGGUCGGUGUUCCAUCGCUUCUAGCAUUAGCUUGCGGUUCGUCGUUGUUGAUAGCUGCUAAUGUAGCUGUUUCAGUUUCGUUGUUUGCUUUUAUCGUCGUUACCGAAGCUACAGUUGUUUCGUUGUCGGCACUCAAAACUCCAACAGUAAAGUUGACCAACAGGAUUACGGCGAUUGAUUUAAAGGACUGCAUUGUUCACUUUCGAAAGUCUCGAAAAAAAAAAGCCGGUAAAUUCGCGCGAGUAACGAACUUUCUAAAGCACCUCGUCGGUCUGAAAAAGAGAACGCGAUUUGAAUGGGAUUGCUGUGCUGCUGCUGGGCUAUGAGGGGGAACUAUAUCUUUAGUGUAUGCGUACUGUACAGUUCUUGACAACCGAAUGUCG